AUGUCGGUGCGACAGGCGCUGGGUCGGGGCCUGCAGCUGGGCCGAGCACUACUGCUACGCUUCACGGCCAAGCCCGGCCCAAUCUGCGGCUGGGGGAGAGCCGAGCGACCGGGCCCGGCGGCAGGUUGGAGCCGAGGAGAGCGGCCGAGACCGGCCGCUGGGCCUGGUGGGGAGCCGCGCGGGCUCGGGCUCCCCGAACGCUACCGCUUCUUCCGCCAGUCGGUGGCCGGGCUGGCGGCGCGGCUCCAGCGGCAGUUCGUGCUGCGGGCCCGGGGCGGAGUGGGCCCUUGCGGCCGGGCGGUCUUUCUGGCCUUUGGGCUGGGGUUGGGCCUCGUCGAGGAGAAGCAGGCAGAGGGCCGGAGGGCAGCCUCGGCCUGUCAAGAAAUCCAGGCAAUUUUCACCCAGAAAAACAAGCUGCUGCCUGACCCGCUGGACACUGGACACUGGCAGGGCUUCCGGCUGGAGGAGUAUCUUAUAGGGCGAUCCCUUGGCAAGGGCUGCAGUGCUGCUGUGUAUGAAGCCACAGUGCCCACUGUGCCCCAGAACCUGAAGGGGGCAGAGCACCAUGGGCUGCUGACCAGGAGAGGCCCAGAUGUCAUUCCACAGGAGGAAACUGAGGAAAACAUGACCCAGCCCCCUGCCUUUCCCUUAGCCAUCAAGAUGAUGUGGAACAUCUCGGCGGGCUCCUCCAGCGAAGCCAUCUUGAGCACAAUGAGCCAGGAGCUAGUCCCAGCUAGCCGGGUAGCCUUAGCCGGGGAGUAUGGCGCAGUCACUUUCAGAAGAUCCAAGAGAGGCCCCAAGCAACUAGCCCCCCACCCCAACAUCAUCCGGGUCUUUCGCGCCUUCACCUCGUCUGUGCCGCUGCUGCCAGGUGCCUUGGUUGACUACCCUGAUGUGCUGCCCCCUUGUCUGCACCCCGAUGGCCUGGGACAUGGACGGACACUUUUCCUUGUUAUGAAGAACUAUCCCUGCACCCUGCGCCAGUACCUUUGCACAGCUGCUCCGAACCCCCGCCUCGCCACCAUGAUGAUCUUGCAACUACUGGAAGGGGUGGAUCACCUGGUCCAGCAGGGCAUCGCACACAGAGACUUGAAGUCUGACAACAUCCUUGUGGAGUUGGAUGCAGAUGGCUGCCCCUGGCUGGUGAUCACUGAUUUUGGUUGCUGCCUGGCGGAUGAGCGCAUUGGCCUGCAGCUGCCCUUCACCAGCUGGUACGUGGAUCGGGGUGGAAACGGCUGCCUGAUGGCUCCUGAGGUGUCCACAGCCCAGCCUGGACCCAGGGCAGUCAUCAACUACAGCAAGGCAGACGCCUGGGCCGUGGGAGCCAUCGCCUAUGAACUGUGUGGGCUUGCCAAUCCCUUUUACGGCCAGGGCCCAGCCCACCUGGAAAGCCGCACUUACCAAGAGGCUCAGCUGCCGCCACUGCCCGGGUCAGUGCCUCUAGAGACCAGGUGCCUGGUGAGCUCACUGCUCCAGCGAGAGGCCAGCAAGAGACCAUCUGCCCGAGUUGCUGCAAACGUGCUUCAUUUAAGUCUCUGGGGUGAUCACAUCUUAGCCCUGAAGAAUCUGAAAUUAGACAAGAUGGUUGGCUGGCUCCUCCAACAAUCGGCAGCUACUUUGUUGGCCAACAGGCUCACAGAGAAGAGUUGUGUGGAAACAAAAAUGAAGAUGUUAUUCCUGGCCAACUUAGAGUGUGAAGCCCUCUGCCAGGCAGCCCUCCUUCUCCACUCGUGGAGGGCAGCCCCAUGA